CCAUUGGAAACUUGAUUUCCCCAUUUGCAAAAUGUGGGUGACAGGAGGUUAGCCUCCAGGGAUAGCUGAGCAGGAUCAGUGAGAUGCUCUAGAGAAGCCCCUGCCCAGGGCCUGGCUCAUAACAGGGGCUCCAAGGUGAAACCUGAGGGCAGGCAUGGUUUCAGGAAGCCCAAGUGGCAGAGUGGACAAAGGAAUGAGUGAAGCCAUGAUGGGCUGGUUGGGGGCGCUGUCCUGGGCCAGGCUAGGUGGAGCCUGAUUGGUGGUUCUGGGGAGCUGGUCUGCCCCCUGCUGCUGGGCCUCCACCCCAGAUCUUCUGCUAUCAGCCUCCCAGAUUUCCAGAAAGUGCCCUGGUGUCUGAGAUGCCGCUGCCACAGAAGAAGCGCUGGGUGUCCAUGGCCAAGGGGCUGGUGCUGGGCGCACUCUUCACCAGCUUCCUGGUGCUGCUGUACUCCUAUGCUGUCCCCCCACUGCACGCGGGCCUGGCCUCCACAAGGACCCCAGAAGGCACAGCGCCCUGCUCCCCAGAGCCCUCUGAGCCGGAGACCCAGACCCAGGCCAACAGCUCUGCGGGAGCUUGCCAGCCUCGGCGCGACAUCGUGUUCAUGAAGACGCACAAGACAGCCAGCAGCACGCUGCUCAACAUCCUGUUCCGCUUUGGCCAGAAGCAUGGGCUCAAGUUCGCCUUCCCUAACGGCCGCAACGACUUCGACUACCCAGCCUUCUUCGCUCGCAACCUGGUGCAGGACUAUCGGCCCGGUGCCUGCUUCAACAUCAUCUGCAACCACAUGCGCUUCCACUACGACGAGGUCCGCGGGCUGGUGCCGCCCAACGCCACGUUCAUCACUGUGCUCCGCGACCCCGCCCGUCUCUUCGAGUCCUCCUUCCACUACUUCGGUUCGGUGGUGCCCUUCACGUGGAAGCUCUCGGGCCGCGACAAGCUGGCCGAGUUCUUGCAGGACCCGGACCGCUACUACGACCCCAACGGCUACAACGCCCACUACCUCCGCAACCUGCUCUUCUUCGACCUAGGCUACGACAGCGGCCUGGACCCCGGCGACCCGCAGGUGCAGGAGCACAUCCUGGAGGUGGAGCGCCGCUUCCACCUGGUGCUCCUGCAGGAGUACUUCGAUGAGUCCCUGGUGCUGCUCAAGGACCUGCUGUGCUGGCAGCUCGAGGACGUGCUCUACUUCAAGCUCAACGCCCGCCGCGCCUCGGCCGUGCCGCGCCUCUCCGGGGAGCUGUACCGGCGCGCCACGGCCUGGAACGUGCUGGACGCCCGCCUCUACCGCCACUUCAACGCCAGCUUCUGGCGCAAGGUGGAGGCGUUCGGGCGGGAGCGCAUGGCCCGGGAGGUGGCCGCCUUGCGGCGCGCCAACGAGCGCAUGCGGCGCAUCUGCAUCGACGGGGGCCGGGCCGUGGACGCCGCCGCCAUCCAGGACUCGGCCAUGCAGCCCUGGCAGCCGCUGGGCGCCAAGUCCAUCCUCGGCUACAACCUCAAGAAGAGCAUUGGGCAGCGGCACGCGCAGCUCUGCCGUCGCAUGCUCACGCCUGAAAUCCAGUACCUGAUGGACCUCGGCGUCAACCUGUGGGUCACUAAGCUCUGGAAGCUCAUCCGGGACUUUCUGAGGUGGUGACAUCCCGCCCACCCGCAGCCCCCUCGGCCAGCUGGAUCGCUGAGGAGGGGCUGCAUGGGGGCGCAGGGGGUGGGGUGCCGCCGGCCUCCGCUGGGCCCUCCUGGUGCCACCCCGGCUCCCGGGGUGAGGUGGGGGCUGCUGCGACGGGCACGGCCAAGCCGGAACGGGGCUCUCGGCAGGCAGGGCCUCAGAUCAGUAUUUGACUAAUUCUAGGUUUU